AUGGCACCAACACCGCGCUUCUCCUCCGACAAAGUCACAGUCGUCUUCGUCCUCGGCGGUCCCGGUGCCGGUAAAGGCACACAAUCAGAAAACCUCGUGCGCGACUAUGGCUUCAACCAUCUGAGUGCCGGCGACCUGCUACGCGCCGAACAAGUGCGUGAAGGAAGCGAGUACGGCGAAUUGAUCCGUCACCACAUCCGCGAGGGCACUAUUGUUCCCAUGGAAGUCACUGUCGCUUUGCUGUCGAAUGCGAUGGCCUCCAUCCUCGAACAGAACAGCUCCAAGACCACACCGGCCCGAUUCCUGAUCGAUGGCUUUCCGCGCCAGAUCGAUCAGGCGCAUUUCUUCGAAGAGACUGUCUGCGUUAGCAAAUUGGUUCUCUUCUUGGUUUGCCCUGAGGAAGUCAUGUUGGGCCGAUUGUUGAAGCGUGGUGAGACCAGUGGUCGCGACGAUGAUAACAUUGAGUCGAUCCGUAAGAGAUUCCGCACGUUUGAGCAGACCUCCAUGCCUGUUGUACGUGAAUUCGAGGAGAAGGGCAAAGUUAUCAGUGUGCAGGCUACGGGGUCAAAGGAGGAGGUUUAUGAGCGGAUUCAGUCUGAGUUGAAGGCCAAGGGUGUUGAUGCUUUGUAA